GGGAUGGUACAGGACACAAAUGCUAAGCCCUAGAAUUUUGGAGUCGAAGUAGAGAUUUGAGGGCCAUGAAGAUAGAAAGAAGUAAGGAGAGACAGGACAGAGGUCUGCCUGAGGCCGGGUGAUGGAUGUGGACAGAAUCCCCAUGGAUGAGGGAGGUUCUGGAGGUGACUGCCUGAGUCAUCAGAGUCCUCAGUCAGCCCCUGGGAACAUUAGUUUUUGUCUCAUUUUUUUCUUCUUGCAGCCUUAACUAUGGGGGAGUUUGCCUGGCGUCAGACGCGCAGUUCAGUGACUUCCUCGGCAGCAUGGGGCCAGCGCAGUUCGUGGGCCGCCAGACCCUGGCCACCACGCCGAUGGGGGACGUGGAGAUCGGCUUGCAGGAGCGGAAUGGCCAGCUGGAAGUGGACAUCAUCCAGGCUCGGGGACUGACGGCCAAGCCAGGCUCCAAGACACUGCCAGCGGCCUACAUCAAGGCCUACUUGCUGGAGAACGGCGUCUGCAUUGCCAAGAAGAAGACCAAAGUUGCUCGCAAGUCGCUGGACCCGCUGUAUAACCAGGUGCUGCUGUUUCCUGAGAGUCCCCAGGGCAAAGUCCUGCAGGUGAUCGUGUGGGGCAACUAUGGGCGCAUGGAGCGGAAGCAGUUCAUGGGUGUGGCCCGAGUGCUACUGGAGGAGUUGGACUUGACCACCCUGGCCGUGGGCUGGUACAAGCUCUUCCCCACCUCCUCCAUGGUGGACCCAGCCGCGGGCCCCCUGCUCCGGCAGGCGUCCCAGUUGUCCCUCGAGAGCACCGUGGGCCCCUGUGGCGAGCGAUCUUAGGGCCGGGGUGGGGAGGGGCUCCCCGAGAAGGCGUGGAGAAUGCCCAGCCCCAACCUGGGACCCCAGGCCCAGGGGCACAUUGAACAGAGGAGGAUGGGGUUCUCCCCUACAGUGGGGAAGCAGAACGGGGAGACCUGACCCCCAGGGCCCCUCCUCACCCCCUUUUUGCCUCCUACCCCCUAAGACCUUCCCUCUCCCAACGGGAUUGGCUGCACUUUUGACUUGGCCGGUUCUUGACCUGGUGGAUGUGGCUGCAAUCCGGAGAAAGGAAAGACUGAGGUGGCAGAGCAUACCAUCCUCCUGUCCCAGACACUGUCCGACUGCUCCCCCUUUUUGCCUCCUCGGAAGCUCGCUGCCCGGAGCCAAGUCCAGAACCCAGCGGCCAUCUCCAUGGUGCCAAUUACCAGCAAGUGUCUUUCCUGCGGCACCGGGUUCAGGCAGCUACUCCUGCCCCAGAGCUGAUGGGGCAGCUUUGCAAGGAUCCGGAGCCAGCUCCGGGGGGUCCAGAGCCUCCCACAUGACGAGGAGCUCGGCCUCCCUCCGCCUGCCCGUGGAAGGAGCUUUGCCGCAGCCUGUCCGAGUCCAUCUGUCUGUCCCUUCCUGCCUGCCCCUCUUCCGGUGGCUCUAGGAAUUGGGGUCCAGCAGGGGCCAAAGGAGAGGAGGCGGUGCCCUGGACCUGGCACAGACCCCCAGGGUGCCUAGCUCCGUGGGAUUGCAACGAGAUAGUGUGGAAAUGGACUGGAAAGAACUGGGUCGUCUGUGUUUUGGUGAAGGAGCCACGGGACCCUGAUUUUCGAGAACCCCAAGUCCAGGGAGCUCACCGUCUCUGAAUUUGGGGACGCUGGAUUGGAGAGGGAGUCUAAGCAAAGUUGGGGUUGGGACCAGUGGUGCCAAGGCGAGGGUUUCCCACAUAGGAGAAUCCCUCCUCGUUGGGUGAGGUCAAAGGUCUUCUUGUCUACCCCUCUGCCUCCAGGCUAGGGGUAUGGGGAGGCAACAGAGCUUCCCUAUUUUAGUCUUUUUAAACAAACCAUCCUGUACUAAGGGCAGAACCCACUGCCCCUGCCUCAACUACCUUGGCUCAUGAGUGUAAGAAUCAGGAGAUUCCUUCUCAAGCAAGCCUGGGUAGCUGCCUUCCUGGCCCGGCCCUCCCCGAGGCCCACGGAAGCCCUUUUGCAUGCUGGGAGGACACAGGCUGGCCCCUCUUUAUAGAAGCACAUUUCUGCCACCUCCCCUGGGAGGCACCCAGCAGCCCACCACCCCUCAUUACCCAGUCCCUGCUGUGUAGGGCGUAGUCCAGGUUAGCUGGGUAGAGUUAGCGUUCCAAGCCCUGGGGCCUCUUCUUAGCUUGCAUAUAGUCUUUACAGAGUUCCAGGAUGGGUAGAGAGGAGGCACACCAGAACAUUCCAGGAGGCGGCUGUCUCCUCACUGGUCUGGGUCUGAGCCUGGAGCCUGAUUCAUGGGAGGCCAGCCCUUCUUCUUCCUCUUCUCGCCCCUCCUCCUCCCUCCCCACCCCUCUGACCCGGUUGUAGCUGGAGCUGCCCCUUAUACUCAGAUGUUCUGACGUCUUAUCCUUGGUACUGGUUUUAUUUGUGAAGCACUCCUGAGGGUUGUGGGCCUUGGUGGAGAGGCCUGGGCUCCAUUGGAGGAGGUCAUUUUCCACCGAGGAUGCCCAGCUGUGUUCAGCCCUGCCUUGUCCUUGGCCUCACUCUAGGCUAUUGAUCUGGCAAUUUCUUCCACCUGGAAUCCCUCUCCUCCUCUAUCCUUCCCUCCCCUCCCCUCUGCCUCCUUAAGCCCUGGGGAGCCCUUAAAGUCCCCGAUGAGUUAUAUCGCCUCCAUAGAGCUUCCCAUGCUGCACUGGGAAGGGGAGACAGAGAUGCCCCUUUCUUUUAUCGAUGAGCUCUUCCGAGCUUCCUGGGAUUGUGCUGGGUGGAAUCCCAAGGCUGGGGCAGGAGGCAGCAGGGCUCUGGGUGGCCUCUAAUCUGAGGCCCAGAAUCAGCCCCUCCCCUGUUUGUUUUUUUUAACCAGUGUGAUUUCUCUGCUGUUCGUUUAUUACUCACCAUUUGGAAUAUUUUGAGCCAGGAGAGCGCCUUCUCUCUCCAGCCGUCACUGCUCUGGUUGUUCAGGGGUAGCUUUUCAAAGACGGGGCAGAGCCAGGCUGUCCCAAACAGAGGGAGAGAGGGCUCGGAGCCCCCCAGCCCGAGCCUACCCUCUGGUGUCUGCACAGCCUUUAUAAAGGGAGAGAGCACGCUCCAAAGCAAU